UUCGAGUAAAGUGUAGAGUGGGCAUCGCUCUCGUCUAGCUCUCUCCUAAUUUGUGCUCUCCGCGCUGUAUAUGUCACGCAUUCUCAUUUUCUCUCUCUAACCCCUCCGGCCAUGCUAUGCAGAAAAUCCGGCUCCACCUGGCUGGACCGGUUGCGGAUCGCCAAGGGCUUCCCCGUCGACACCACCGGUCUCGACAGCUUCCUCGACAAUCCUGAUUCUCCACCACUUGAAGCACCGACUCCCAACCCGAAUUCCGUCUCAAUUUGCGCUCCGACUCAAAAUGAGGAUAAGCAAUUGCUCACUAUAAUGAGCGAUGUUCUCAAGGAGCUAUUCAAUUUUGGGGAUAAAUGCAGUAACUCAACCAAGUUAAAAAAAUCUGCCCGCAAACAAACAAACCCUAGAAUUUGUGCAUUUUCGGGCAACGGGAGUCGCGACAACGACGAUGCAGCUCCAGGGAAGGUGACAUUGUUAAGGAGUGACGACAGAAACAGUGGAUUGAAUGGAGUGAAAGUGUUGCAUAGAUGGGAGACUGAAGAGGAGGGGGUUGGGAGGGAGGCCAAUUUGGUGGGGUUUUCUCGGACGGAAGUAACGAUUAUUGAUACGAGCUACGAGUCAUGGAAGUUUGAGAAGUUGUUGUACAGGAAGAAGAAUGUGUGGAAAGUGAGGGAUAAGAAGGGAAAGAGUGUGAUUAUGGGGGGUAAAAAGAAGAGGAAAAUGAGCGAGGGCGUGGAGGAGGGUCAUCAACAUGGAGGGAAGAAGUGGAAGGUUGAUAAGAAGGAUGGGGUUGGAGAGCAGUGCGCUUUGCCACGAUUGAAUGAAGUGUAUUAUCAGACCAACACAUCAGAAGUUCAUGAUAAGCACUCAAACAAAGUUGUGGGGACUGACAAAAACAACCAAUCCUUGUCCUUGGAAAAUGGGAGCUCAUCUGUUAUUCUUAUUAAGAGCAUACAUGCUGGUAAGAAAAAUAGAACUAGCAUUUCCAAAAGCUAUCCGAAGUUCAAAGAAAAGAGAAAUUGAGAAUGCACGUUGCUCAUUCUGGCACUGGACUUGCAAAAUACUUGAAGGUGAUAUUCUCUUGCGAUAAGCAAUCAUUGAAGCAUUCAGGUACAUGACACCUGGAAGUUGCUAAACAAAACAUUCAUCAAGUAGUUCUAUUUCUGCACGAUCCAAAGUGCAUUGGCAGUCAUGCUCGUUUUGUGGGCUAUUUGGGUUGGCUUUCAUGCAUAUACUAAUGUGUGAUGCCUCAUUGUUUUGUGCAUAUAAACAUUGCAUUGUAAGUUGUAACUAUGCUAUGUAGGUGACUAUACACAAUGGCAAAUUUGCAUAUUGAUCUAUAUUCAUAAGUUGUCGUGAUAA